AUGUUUUUGAGUAGAACUUCUUCACAGCUUCUGCUUCCCUCCACAGCGGCUCUGACUGUGAGUCCCAGCAGCCUUCAGUUCUUCAGAAAGGACUCCGUGUCUCUGAGCUGUGAGGAGGACGGCAGCUCUGCUGGAUGGACUGUGAGGAGGAACACCAGCAGAGGAACCAGGACCCAGUGUGGAGCAGACUGGGGGAGACUGGCUGGUUCUGUCUGUAGGAUGAGUUUUGUCUUUGAAAGUGACAGUGGUGAAUACUGGUGUGAGUCGGGCGGGGGGGCGGCCGGUCCCAGCACCCCCCUCACUGUCUCUGGGGUCAGAACGGCCUCAGAAGUGAUGCUCUGUGGUGACGUCAUCGUGGUCACCGUCCAAUCCCGGCUCAGCCUGGAGGGGCGGGGCCGUCGCCACGGAGACGGGCUGUUUACUUCCUUUAAUCAGAGCAGCAUGCUGUUGGUGCAGGAGGACCCGUUCGGUUCCCCCCAGCCGUCUCCACACUCAGAAACUCGCCCCUCGCUGGUGUUCCUCCACACAGUCCAUCCAGCAGAGCUGCCGUCCUCCUCACAGCUCAGAGACACGGAGUCCUUUCUGAAGAACUGA